ACCUCCGGAACCCAAACCCUUUUUCCUGAGUUAAUAUGGCUGCGACCUGCCAGCGGCUGGGACCUUAGUGAGGAAAGGACGCGACGCUUUUCCGAGGCUUGUGCUCAGGAUCCCUCAGCGAUGGCGCUCCGGUCGCGGUUGUGGGAGUGUCUGUCGGCCUGCCGGAACCGCGGUAAUUCCCACGUCUCUCAGCUAACUCCCUAGGGGAUGCACAGGUGUGGGGUCGCAGCCCUCUCAACCAGUUCCAAGCCUGCGGCGAAGCCUGGAGCGGACCCUCUGGAAAAUGAAGCCGUUGCGCCAGAGUUCACCAACCGGAACCCGCGCAAUCUGGAGCUCUUAGCUGUGGCCAGAAAAGAGCGGGGUUGGGGGACAGCGUGGCCCUCCCGCGAGUUCUGGCACAGGUUGCGAGUUAUAAAGACUCAGCAUCAUGUGGACGCACUUGUGGAGCAUCGCAGUGGCCAGGUCGUGGUUUCGGCAUCCACUCGGGAAUGGGCCAUUAAAAAGCACCUGUACAGCACCACAAACGUGGUGGCCUGUGAGAGUGUCGGACGGGUGCUGGCAGAGCGGUGCUUAGAGGCAGGAAUCAACUUCAUGGUCUACCAGCCCACCCCGUGGGAGGCAGCCUCAGACUCGAUGAAGCGCCUACAGAGUGCCAUGACAGAAGGCGGUGUGGUGCUGCGGGAGCCCCGGAGAAUCUAUGAAUGAACUAGAAGCAUUGUUCUGAACGUCUGAAUGUGAAGCUGUGAGCUGUCACCUCCUUCAGAAGAGAGCAUCUGGAAGAACAGGCAGCUUGGGAGUUUUGUACAAUCACCUAACAGUGGACUCUUAUUACCAGUUAAGAAGGUCAUCCCUUCCUGCCUUUGUGUGUGUGUUUUGUUGUUGUUUAUCAAGGGCGAACGUCUUCUCUUGGCCAGAAGUACCUGAGAAAAGGUGUUGCCAAUUAUAAUUAACUUUCGAAGGACAAAUUAAGUGUUGUUUGUAAGUUAAAGAAUAAACGCAUAUUGCGAACACUU